CUGUGGACAGAUACAAUUUUGACAUCUGAAUCAAUUUAAGCCACAACACAAAUGAUUCUGUGAUCUGUUCGUGGUCUUUUUUCAUGUGUGCGUGUAUUAAAUAUGGAAUUAUAACGAUAUAAGUUAAAUAUGUCUGGGUUUAAACACAAUUAUUAGGAUGUAUAACUGUAUUUGUCAUAUAGUGCCGGGCCUUUUCACGUUACUUAAUUUAGUAUAUACUCAAGACUGUAACAUUACAGUUCAUGAUCAUUUAUCAGAACAAGUGAAGAUAGCUGACUGCAGUAAAAGAGGUUUUAGCGAAGUUCCACAGUCACUCCCGCGUGAUAUCACCGUUCUGGAUCUUAGUGGAAACAAAUUUCGUCAUAUCAGUAAUUACUCUUUUGAAAAUUACAGUUUAUUGCACAAUUUAUCGUUGGCUAAAAACAAACUUCACAUUAUUGAGGAUCAUGCAUUUUAUGGAUUAAGCCGAUUGAUGGUUUUGAAUAUGAGUGAAAAUAUUUUGAACCUAAGAUAUGUCUAUACACCACAAAUGCUUUUGCCGUUGCAAAAUUUAAUUAAUCUGGAUAUACGACGGAAUAUUCCGAAUCAACCAACAGUGGAUUUAUACCAUUAUCCUGAUCAAGCUUUUGCAGUUUUAAAAAAGCUAGAAUUCUUAGCAUUAGAUAUGGCUCCAAAUCCGAUUUUCGGAAUAGGAUUUCAAGGGCUGAAAAAUCUGAAAUCGUUAACGUUUGAAUUUUGUUUUUUAAAAUAUCUUCGCGGAUAUACAUUUGAAAACUUUUCAUCGAAUCUAGACGAAUUGAAACUGACUAGAUGUCAUUUAAAUUUUUUGGAAGUUGAAAACAAUGCUCUUGUCCCUUUCCCUAAUAUUACCAAAAUACAUUUUGAAGAAUCAUGCAUGCAUCUGAUACGGGCUCUUAACAUGCUGUCGCCAUAUAAUGGUAAAACUAUUGAAAUAUUGAAUUUUCGAGGUCUUAACUGUCCUAUCUUCAAUAGUAAAGAAUAUCCGUUUGCGUUAACUAUCACUAGUGACAUGAUGAGAUAUCUGAAAACAAUUUGUGUAGAAGUUUUAGAUUUAUCAGACAACGGGAUAGUUGAUUUUGAUGAAAACUCGCUAUUGUUAUUUGAUCGAACAGAGUGUUUAAAACAUUUAUAUUUUAAAGGAAACAGGUUUGCGUUUGCUUAUGGAAGACAUAUGGAAGAGUUAAAAUCAUUUUUUAACAAAUCUGUUACAUUGAAAACAUUUGACUAUUCUUAUAUUCCAGUUCGGUUUAAGCUGAAAGAAAAAGAUUUUUAUCACCAAGGAAAAGACUAUCAUGUUUCUAACAGUUUAGUUUAUUUACCACGUUCUUUAGAAAAAUUAGCUAUGAGUAAUAUAAUAUGUGAAGAUAUAACUAGAAUAUUUUAUAUACGUCAAGGAAGCAAUUUGACGUAUCUUGAUAUAUCGUUCGGUUAUUCAAAUAAUGCUGUCCUGUUUGAAGUAAACGCAACAAACAAAGUUGAAACUUUAGUCCUAGAUGGUCAUUAUCACGUGACAUUGUACACAAUAGAGCUUGUUAAUUUUAUAAAUGUAAAAUAUCUUUUGUGGAGAAGUGCUAGGUUGUUUCAUAUAAUGCAUGCUCGUUCAGAUGAUAUGUUUUUUAAAAGAUUUAUAGCACUUUUUAGAAAAUUUGAAUACCUCAAUCAUUUGGAUAUGUCAGAUAAUAGUCUUUAUAUUUUACCAAAACAUUUAUUCCUUAAUAUUAAUCAUCUAUUAGAAUUAUCUUUGUCUAGGAAUUUAUUUCAGGCCAUUCCAAGAGAGAUAAUCUCUCAAAAGGAUAUUAAAAGCCUUGACCUUAGUAAAAACUUACUACCAACAGUGGAUUAUAAAACUCGUGUUUGGGCGGAUGCAAUGAAUCAGAAACAUGGUUUAUAUUUUCUUCUUGCUGACAAUGCAUUUGAAUGUAAUUGUGAUAAUUUGAAUUUCAUAAAGUGGAUACAAGAAACCAAAGUAAAUUUAGACAGCAGAUCAUACAAAUGUACACUUUUAAACGGUACUCUUAUAACCGUACUCGAAGCAUAUGCUCAGAUGCAUGAUUUGUUUUCCAGCUGUAGAAAUUCAAUAUGGCUGAUGGUUUCUUCCAUUUUGUUAGGAACAGGUUGUAUUGUGACUGUGCUACUUCUUAUAUACAGUAGACGAUGGAACAUAGCUAUAUUGUUUUACCGCAUAUUCCGAAAAAUUAUUGAAAAGAAAUACGGUAAAAAUUACGCUUUUGAUGUUUUUGUUUCAUAUGAAGGGGAUAGCAUACCUUGGAUAAAGAACUACUUCAUUCCAAAGUUAGAAGACGAAUGGAAACUUAAAAUAUGCGUAAAAGAUCGCGACUUUUACGUCGGACACUCAUUUUAUGAUGCAGAGGCAGAGAGCAUAGAAAACAGUAGACAUGUUAUAUUUUUACUAACUCCAAUAUUUAAAGACUCGCAAGACUGUCUGUUUGAAAUUGAUAGAGUGAAACAUGAAAUAAGUAUGCAGAACAUUGAAAAUGUCAUAGUCAUAUCUAAAGAUAUAACUUUAAAAGAUAUUCCUGAAGGGCUUACUCAUAUUUGGAAUUAUGUAUUAUUUAUCCAGUGGCCAGAAGACUGUCAUGAUCAUGACUUAACAUGGCAAAAAUUGAGAAAGUGGAUAUGCAAUGAUUUGCUCUAUUAGAUUGUAUGAUACUAUUAUUAUUUAGUUAGAACGACAGGUGUCUCUUAAAAAUUGAAAGGAACACUUUUAUAAAUUUAAAAUCAUGAAGGUUCAAAAAUUUCUUUGGUGUUAAUGUCCUUGAUCUGUAUAAGGUUUCAUGAUUCCUUUAAAAAAAACAUGUUAUUUAGUUUCUUUUACAACUUAAAAUUUAUUCAUACCAUGCUUUUUAUGUGAAAUUGGAAAAGUUUUAUCUUGUAACACUUCCUUGUGUAUUUCCCCAACUAUGAUAUAUUUUAUAAUUUAAAAUCAUGUUUGUACUCAUUAGCUACUGAUAUUUUUAAAGAAUUGAAUGCUUCUUUUUGUAACUGCAUUGGGGUGUAAAAGCGUUGACCCAAGUCCAUUUAUGUUUGAUGCGCGUAAGCGCUUCAUUCUAAAAAUGUGCGCACAUUCUGAGGCGUACAAAAAUUCUUAGUAUUUCUAAUAUUAAAGAUUUACACAAGAAAAGGCAUAUGACGUCUUUUCAGAUUGUGCAAAAAACUAGAUCAACAUUUGGCGGAUUUUUUUUUUCACAUUGAGAGUUAUGACCAUAAAAGAAAGAGGUUCAACAACUUGUGAACAUUGAUUAUCACUCUCGUUAUUUAAUGUGGUUUGGGUGUCUUUCGCUAUCUUCCAUUGUGAAAAACAGAGAAUCUAAGGUUGAUGUUCAAUCAAGUUCGCAAAAAUUGAUGCAGGAAUGCAGUUAAUAAAUGUGAAUUUGCAUUUAAAAGAACAAAUUUAUUAGCUUAUAACUUAUAAAUAUUAAUAUUUUUACAAGUGUGAAUAAAUUUAGCUUGAUUUUUACUGGUUUUUUUUGUAUUGGAAUUUAAAGGGGAGGUAUCUCUGAAAUAGUGCAUUUUCUAAAGGAAUCUACAUGGAAUUUUGCUAUUUUGAAUUCUAGCCGGGAGAAAACGUUUACUCUCAAUAUUGAAAGAUCAUUAUAACAUUUUUUUUCUCGCAUUGUCAAAAAUGAAUAAGAAAUAAAAAUAGCACAAUAUCAAAAUUUAUAAAACAAUAUAAUACAACAUUGUCCCUGAAUUUGUUUGUCCUGUAGUUUUGUGGCUUUGAAAUACAUUCAACGUUGUUGCUAUCGUUAUUUCAGUACCUGUUGCUUGUAACAACAUCGCGACAUUUAUUGAAGGCAUAUAAAGAAAAGCGUUUCGAACGAUUGAAAUUGUUUAAAUUGUUGUUUUGUUCAUUGACGGCAGGGGUAGGGAGAACGUAUUUUAUAAAUUAUGAUUUGAAUCUUAAUUUGUGAUCUUUUUUUUUUUGGUCUUCAUGAAAGUGCAUGAA